AUGGGGAACCGCACCACCGCGGACGGGCUGCUGGCUGGGCGCGGGCCGGACGCGGGGACUGCUGCGGGGGCAUCUGCCGGGCUGGCUGGGCCGGGCGCGGCGGCGCUGGUGGGGGGCGUGCUGCUCAUCGGCGCGGUGCUCGCGGGGAAUUCGCUCGUGUGCGUGAGCGUGGCCACCGAGCGCGCCCUGCAGACGCCCACCAACUCCUUCAUCGUGAGCCUGGCGGCCGCCGACCUCCUCCUCGCUCUCCUGGUGCUGCCGCUCUUCGUCUACUCCGAGGUCCAGGGUGGCGCGUGGCUGCUGAGCCCCCGCCUGUGCGACGCCCUCAUGGCCAUGGACGUCAUGCUGUGCACCGCCUCCAUCUUCAACCUGUGCGCCAUCAGUGUGGACAGGUUCGUGGCCGUGGCCGUGCCGCUGCGCUACAACCGCCAGGGUGGGAGCCGCCGGCAGCUACUGCUCAUCGGCGCCACGUGGCUGCUGUCCGCGGCAGUGGCGGCGCCUGUACUGUGCGGCCUCAACGACGUGCGCGGCCGCGACCCCGCCGUGUGCCGCCUGGAGGACCGCGACUACGUGGUCUACUCAUCCGUGUGCUCCUUCUUCCUACCCUGCCCGCUCAUGCUGCUGCUCUACUGGGCCACGUUCCGCGGCCUGCAGCGCUGGGAGGUGGCACGUCGCGCCAAGCUGCACGGCCGCGCGCCCCGCCGACCCAGCGGCCCCGGCCCGCCUUCCCCCACGCCCCCCACCCCACAGGACCCCUGCGGCCCUGACUGUGCGCCCCCCGCGCCCGGCCUUCCCCAGGGUCCCUGUAGCCCCGACUGCGCGUCCCCGGCGCCCGCCCUUCCCCAGGGUCCCUGUAGCCCCGACUGCGCGUCCCCGGCGCCCGCCCUUCCCCAGGGUCCCUACGGCCCCCACUGUGCGCCCCCCGCGCCCGGCCUUCCCCGGGGUCCCUACGGCCCCGACUGUGCGCACUCCGCGCCCGGCCUUCCUCGGGGUCCCUGCGGCCCCGACUGUGCGCCCGCCGUGCCCGGCCUUCCCUGGGGUCCCUGCGGCCCCGACUGUGCGGCCCCCGCGCCCGGCCUCCCCCCGGACCCCUGCGGCUCCAACUGUGCGCCCCCCGACGCCGUCAGAGCCGCCGCGCUCCCAUCCCACACUCCACCGCAGACCCGCAGGAGGCGGCGUGCCAAGAUCACCGGCCGGGAGCGCAAGGCCAUGAGGGUCCUGCCGGUGGUGGUCGGGGCCUUCCUGCUGUGCUGGACGCCCUUCUUCGUGGUGCAUAUCACGCAGGCGCUGUGUCCUGCCUGCUCCAUGCCCCCGCGGCUGGUUAGCGCCGUCACCUGGCUGGGCUACGUUAACAGCGCCCUCAACCCCGUCAUCUACACUGUCUUCAACGCCGAGUUCCGCAACGUCUUCCGCAAGGCCCUGCGUGCCUGCUGCUGAGCCGGGCACCCACGGACGCCCCCGGGCCUGAUGUCCAGGCCUCAGGGACCAAGGAGAUGGGGAGGGCGCUUUUGUACGUUAAUUAAACAAAUUCCUUCCCAAACUCAGCUGUGAAGACUCCUGGGGGUUGAUGGGGAGGGGGAAGGGGGGUUUCUGCCCCAGUGGCCCCAGGCCCCCCAGCCAGUUAACCUCUUCCU